GCUGUCAUCGUGGUUAUCGCAAUAGUUUUUACGUCGUUGAUUUGCUUGUUGCACCCCGCGUGUUAAGCGUUCACGUUCCAGCGUAUGUGUAAAAAUAGUGUUUCAUAGUUGGAGAACGUGAGCUCGACGUCCAGAUUUAGAUAUUUUGGAAGAGAACUCACGCUAAUUAUAAACGUGAUGUAGAUCGAGCCGCUGUCGGAGCGAUUCAACCGCGGAGCCAGCGCUCGCUCAGUGGAGCGCUUACUAUUGCGCCUUGUAAUCGCGUCGCGUGUUUCGUAAUAAUGGGUGAUAUAUCGGAACCGAUAAAGAAAUGUAUACUAAUAUUAAAAGCCGCCAAAAGCGAUACAGAGAAGUUCGCGGCGCUGUUCAUGGUGACCAAACUUGUAAAGAGCAAGGAUUGCCAGACGCAAGCUAAGAAGGCACUCUUUGAAGCCAUUGGAUUCAAAUUCUUGAAGAAACUGCUGACUAGUAACUCGGUGCAGGAUGACUGCCCACCAUCUGUGUACAAGUCAGUUGCCCUCUCCAUACUCACCACCUUCUGCAAUGAUCCUGAUCUUGCAACCCACCCGGAAAUGCUGGCCAACAUACCUGUGUUCCUCGAAAUAGUGCAAAAAUCAGAAAGUGAAGACUAUGAUGAUGACCUUAUCAUUGUCAGUGAAGCGUACACAUGCCUGCAGUGUAUUGCUGAACAAGAGGCUGGCCAGAAGGCUCUCAUUGAGGUUGGUGCUAUCACUAAAAUGUCAGAAAUUUACUCUCAUCAAAGUUUCCAGACAGAUGAGGCCCUUAAUAUCCUGGUCAAGCUAGUCAGCCGGUAUGGGCCUACCGCUUGGGGUGAUGAUCCUAAGCCGUUCCAUGCUUUGGUAAAUAAAAUAGCCCUAGACUUUGCCACUGACCAGUCAGAGAGGAAGUUUGAAUUGGCUACUAUCCUGAGUGCACUUUUGUACAGCUGUAAUAAAGCAACUGUCAUACCCGGCUCUGCAGAUGAAACAUGGCCACAAAGUAUCUACAAAGCUCUGCAUGAUAUUCUUACCAGCAAGAUUGGUAAAAACCAAAGAGAUCCUGCUCUUAAACUUGCCGCAAACAUUGUUGACCUUCUUGGAAUUGAGUGGACCUUGAAUGAUGACGAAAAUCCAAAGAAGUUCUUCCUGCUGCUACAACAACUUUGUGCCAUAGAAGUGAGAAUGCAACUUGAAGAUAGGAGUUUCAAACAAGCAUAUGCCAAUGCUGAAUUGGUAACAGCUUGCUUUAUUGUGUUAGAAUUAUCUAUCAACUACAUGGCUACAGACCAACUGGAUUUGGAACAAAAAGAGAAACAAUCAGUUUACACUGGUCUGAAAGGUGCUUUCAAUGCUAUAGUGUCUAUGUUGACCAAAGUGUUCAAUGACAAGAACAGAGACAAACUGCCUGAUGCUGAAAAGGUUUAUGUCUGUGCUAUGGUCAGAGUACUAGUUGCUUGGAUUGCACAAGAAACAACAGCCAUGAGAGAACAAAUCUACACCCUCCUGCCAUUUAUAUUCUCUCUUGCAAAUGAUUCGUUCCAUGCUUACAGAGCCAGGAAGAUGGCUGAAAAGAACAAGUCUGAAGGUGAAGCUAUGGAUACCGAUGUAAGUCUGAUGGGACAGAUUGACCUUCUCCGCUUAAUGUUGCCAGCUUUAUGCCAUUUAGUAGUUGAAGACAAAGCCAGAACCAUUGUAUUAAACUUGAAGCAAGAAGAUAUUUUAUAUGAAGCGAUGUGCUUCCACUGGUCCAUUGUACACUACAAGAAGCCUCCAGUACCUAGAUCUGAAAGAUUAAAAGUCCUGAACCAACCUCCUCGUGAGCUUGAUCCCCAAGUAUUAGAAGAUAUGAAGGACUCUAGAGCGGCCAUGGUCAGUCUAUGCAAUAUCUUCAUGAACCUUACAGUGCUGGCACCAAAAGUUGUUGAAACUAGUAUGUUGUUUAACACACUACUUAAGUUCAUUUUCAAUGACCUGCCUGAACUCAAGGAUAUCCCUGAAAACUUAGUUCUCCAUGGACAUCUGGCAGUGCUGGGCUUACUCUUACUGAAACAACAAGCCAGUAAAGUGAAGAAGAAUGACUUCUCUAUAUGCAGAUAUAUCCAGUCCACCAUCAGAUUCCUAUGGGAUGCUUACAACAUUGAUGAGUCUAAUGACCCCAGUGCACUUGUUGUAUCAAUGAGUUAUAAAGAACACUGGAAUGAAAUAGCUGACCUGUGGUUCUUGGGCAUGCAAACUAUGAGUGGAGUGCUCACAAUGGUGCCAUGGAUAUCAGAGUUUGCCAUAGAGAGUGGAUGGGCCCAGGGCAUUGCUGAGAUGUUGGCUAAAGUUAAAGUUGGUACUCUGCAACCUAAUGUGAAGUCAGCAUUUGAAGAUUUCCUGUGCAGACUAGUAGAUUCCAAUGAAAGUGUUAUCCCAGUGUUGAAGAAGGCGGGAGCACUAAAGAUGUGCAGGAACCACAGGUUAAUGGAAUUAGGCAAGAAAUUGUUCGGAGAUUAAAUUGUUAUUUAAAGUAAUGGGUAGGUACAAUACCUACUUAUUUUUGUAUAAUGCAAACUUAUAAACAAACAA